GACGAAACAUCAGAGUCGUUUUAAGAGUCGUUGCUGGAACUUGUCGCCGAGAAGUAUGACGCAACCGAUGCUCGUGCUGCUGCUCAUCGGGACGUUUCUGCACCCGGCCCCGAGUGACUCCUUACAGAGCCACCCCGAACCCGCGCUGGAGGACGCCAUGGGAGCUCUAGAAAGGGUGCUGGACUACUGUGAACACAACUACAGGAUAUUAAACCUGGAUGCUGUGAUAGGAAUCCGUAUGGUGGACGGGCAGCUCACCGUGUUGUUACGGCGGCUGCGGGCGGGCAGGGUGCAGGCCGAGCCCGAGCAGAUCCAGCAGAUCGCCUCGCUGCAGGAGCGGGCCGCUAGCCUGGCGGACAUGACUCUGCCUGAACUGGAGCGUCAGGACAAUGACUACUACAAACAACUAUCACCGAUCAUCCAGCCAGGGUUCUGGGAGAUUGACGUCACCGGCAGGACCACAGACUCCUCCCUCCUGUCCCCGCCCUCCAUACCACGUGACCACCCGUUCGACGAAGACGACAGCGACAGAUGUCUGUCGGAGCUCCUGGGUACCGUGUAA